UAUAUACCUUCUUAACACUUGAGCUGCCUGCAGUCAGUCAGUCAGUUGGACAUCCCUUAACAAGCCUGUGCCGCUCUCCUCAGUUCCAAGAAGACACCAAACACUUAAGAUGGCUGACAAGAAAGGCAAUGUGUCCUCAAGCCGUAAGCAUACUCUGAAGAGUUGUAUGCUGGCAGUUGCUAAGGAUUUGCUCGAAGCUGAAGCAUUAGAGAAAGUUAAAGAGCGGGAGAGAUACAUGGAGGAGAACUGCCCUCUUCUGGAGAUUCCCCACUCCAAGGAUGAUUUGGUGGAACUUUGCACAAAGAUGUACGACAAAAUUAAUGUGAUUGAUGAGGAGAGAUACAACUUAGAAUACAAAGCAGUCAUGGUUUGCAAUGAGGUUAUAGACCUAAACAUAAAAAUCAUUGACAUGAGGGGCAAGUUCAAGAAGCCAGCCCUGAAGAAAGUGCGUAUGUCUGCUGAUGCUAUGCUCCAGGCUCUGCUGGGCUCCAAGCACAAGGUGACCAUGGAUCUGAGAUCCAACCUGAAACAAGUGAAGAAAGAUGAGAAGAAAGAGGAUAAGGAUUUGCGUGACGUUGGUGACUGGCGUAAGAACAUUGACGACAAGGCUGGCAUGGACGGCAGGAAGAAGAUGUUUCAGGGAGAUUCUUAGAUCAUUGGGAUGUGUUCGUGUGAUGUGGUUGACUACUGUCCUGUAAUGUCUAGUUGUCAACCACAUACUGAUAUGAAUUACUACUAAUAUCAUAACUAUGUAAUACAUCUUUGUUUCUUUUGAAGACAGAAACAAGAUGUGUGUAAUUGUUUGACAGUUGGUUUACUGUAGUAGAGGUAAAAGUGGACAACUUUUCUAAUAAAUUGCCUUUGAAGGAAA